AGCCCAUGGAGGCGGCGAGCUGCAGCUACCAGUUUCGGAUCGCGCUGCUCGGGGAUGGGGCGGUGGGCAAGACGUCACUGCUGCGGCGCUAUGUGGCCGGUGCGUCGCCGCGGGUGGCGGAGCCGGAGCCGGAGCCAGAGCCGGAGCCCACUGUGGGCGUGGAGUUCUACAGCCGCGCGCUGCAGCUGUCCCCGGGGCGGCAGGUCAAGCUGCAGCUCUGGGACACAGCAGGACAGGAGCGCUUCAGGUGCAUUACCAGAUCUUUCUACCGGAACAUGGUGGGUGCUCUGUUGGUCUUCGAUGUGACCAACAGAGAGUCCUUUGAACACAUCCAAGCCUGGCACCAGGAGGUCCUGUCCACUCAGGGCCCCGACAAAGUCAUCUUCUUACUGGUUGGUCACAAGUGUGACCUGAGCAGCCGGUGCGUCUCCACGCAGGAGGCGGAGGAGCUGGCUGCCUCGCUGGGCAUGGCCUUCCUGGAGACCUCAGCCAAAAGUAACUGCAAUGUGGACCUGGCCUUUGACACUAUCACCUGUGCCAUCGAACAGGCCCUGCAGCAAGGGGACAUCAAACUGGAAGAGGACUGGGCUGGUGUCAGGCUCCUCCAUAGAGCCUCAAAUCCUAGAUCCCCCAGCAGGAGGAAGCAGGACUCAGGGCCAUGCCAGUGUUGACUCCAGGAGAGAAAGGGUUAAAGUGGUGCCAGCCUCAGA